AUGUCUAAUUGGAGUUCUGAUGAAGAAAUUGAUGAAAUGGUAGAGGAGGAAGUUGAUAGUAUAGUGGAGGAGAUCCAAUACAACUACACUCAUCCGGAAGUACCAACAGCUCCUAUAGUCCGAAGGGUGCACAUUAAUAGAAACCGCGAAGAUGGCCACACUCGAUUAUGGAAUGAUUAUUUUAGUGAGAAUCCGCCUUACACUCAAGAUAUGUUCCGCCGUCGCUUUAGAAUGAACAAACAAUUGUUCAUUCGUAUUGUUAAUACUAUUGAGAAUGGAGUCCCAUACUUCAGACAAAGACGAGAUGCUACUGGACGGCUCGGUCUUUCAGCACUUCAAAAAUGCACAGCAGCUAUCCAUAUGAUGGUAUACGGAUGUGCGGCAUAUGCGGUGGAUGAAUAUUUACGACUCGCUGAAACAACCGCCCACAAAUGCCUUCUACAUUUUGUUGAGGGAGUUAUAAAUCUGUUUGGAGACGAGUAUCUCAGAAGACCUACAGCGGAAGACCUCCAACGAUUGAUGAAUAUUGCAGAACAUCGCGGUUUCCCCGGAAUGGUAGGGAGCAUAGAUUGUAUGCAUUGGGAGUGGAAGAAUUGUCUCACUGCAUGGAAAGGAAAAUAUUCACGUGGAUCUGGAAAACCGACAAUCGUACUAGAGGUUGUGGCGUCACAAGAUUUAUGGAUUUGGCACGCAUUUUUCGGACCACCAGGUACGUUAAAUGAUAUCAAUGCUUUGGACCGCUCACCGGUGUUUGAUGAUAUCCUAGAGGGCCGAGCUCCGAGAGUUAAAUACGUUGUCAAUGGAAGGCAAUACAAAAUGGCGUACUACCUCACUGACGCGGUUUCGGAAACUUGUCGACAUAAGAUUCUUAGAAGUCUCUGUUUGGAAACAUGA